GGCGGGGCCGGGCCGAGAGGGCGGGGCCCGGUGGGCACGCGCCGCGCGCGGCCCCGCCCGGGUGCGGAAGAUGGCGGCGGGAGCGCGCGUCGGGAGCGCGGCGCUGCGGCGGCUGCGGGGCGGGGGCGCGGGCGCGGCCCCGCGGGGCGCGCGGGGGUACUCCAGGGAUGCUGAGGGCAGCUGGUUCCGCUCCCUCUUCGUGCACAAGGUGGAUCCACGCAAGGAUGCACAUUCCAACCUCCUCUCCAAGAAGGAGACCAGCAACCUCUACAAGAUCCAGUUUCACAAUGUGAAGCCGGAGUGCCUGGAGGCCUACAACAAGCUGACAGAAGAGGUGCUGCCCAAGCUCCACUCAGACCCUGACUACCCCUGUGACCUGGUGGGCAACUGGAACACGUGGUAUGGCGAGCAGGACCAGGCAGUGCACCUGUGGCGCUUCUCGGGCGGGUACCCGGCGCUCAUGGACUGCAUGAGCAAGCUCAGGCAGAACAAGGAGUACCUGGACUUCCGCAAGGAGAGGAGCCGGAUGCUGCUGUCCCGCAGGAAUCAGCUGCUCCUGGAAUUCAGCUUCUGGAAUGAGCCCCAGCCACGCAAGGGACCGAACAUCUACGAGCUGAGGACCUACAAGCUGAAGCCAGGGACCAUGAUCGAGUGGGGCAACAACUGGGCUCGGGCCAUUAAGUACCGCCAGGAGAACCAGGAGGCAGUCGGGGGCUUCUUCUCCCAGAUCGGGGAGCUCUACGUGGUGCAUCACCUCUGGGCCUACCGGGAUCUGCAGUCCCGGGAGGAGACCAGGAAUGCGGCCUGGAGGAAGAGGGGCUGGGAUGAGAACGUCUAUUACACUGUCCCGCUGAUCCGGACCAUGGAAUCACGGAUAAUGAUUCCGCUGAAGAUCUCCCCCCUGCAAUGAUUGGGGGGCCGUGCUAGGGGCGUCUCCCUGCACCCCCAGGGGCUCCCUGCCUGUGCCCUGGCCCUGCUGGGGAAGGGCUGGGGGGUUCUGCUCCCCCCGGCUCCCUGCUCUCUCCCCCACCCCAUUUUGGGGUGCCCUGGUGGGGUUGAGAGCAGGGAGGGGAAGGUGGGAGCCCCCAUCCUGUGGGGGAUGGUGCUGCUGGGGGGGCUGGGCAGGCUGUGGAGGUUGGGGGGGCUUAAUUGCUCCUGAUGACCCCAGUGGGUGCC